AUGAGGUAUAUCACUCCUCCUCCUCCUAAUCCACAAGACCCUGCUGGAGAUGUGAACGCACAACCCCAAGCUGGAGCACCUACAAUCGGAGACUAUGACUCUGCCGAUGCUUUCUUCAUGGAUAGAAACCCUAUCCAUCCACCACACCUGCAAGGAAUGACUAUGAGAUCAAGCCUCAGAUCAUUGCAUUGCACUACAAGAUCCAAUGGAGUCUCUGCUGACUACCUUAAGUGCAAGCUCUUUUCAUUCUCUCUUGGCGACAAAGCUUCAAGAUGGUUGAAGUCUCUGCCAGCUCACUCCAUCACCACUUGGGAUGAGUACAAGGCUGCAUUCAUCAACCACUUCUACACCAAGCAAAGAUCAAUUUCUGUAAGGAACAAGAUCUCCACUUUCGCCAAGCAACAAUGA